GUUGAAAUUUCUCGUUUCGUUAGCAAUAUCAGUAAAAGUAUAGUUCAUAUUACAUAUACUCCAUAUAUACAUUUCUGGAGAGGAAGUAUCAAAAAUAAUAUGAAAAUUUACUUGUUAUUAUUAUUUACGGUACAAUCUAUACCGACUUAUGUUCAAGCGUACGCACGAGGACUUAGAUACGUGCCGGAUUGCACCUUUUAUAAAGAUGGAACUUUGCUGCCUGAUCUUACGAGCUGUUCCAAUUAUUUCAUCUGCGUUGAUGAAGAAGCGGUACAACAAAAAUGUCCUCCUGGGUACUACUUCGAUCGAUCUGCAAGCACUUGCGGUCUAGCUAUUAUGGUUAAAUGUGACGACGAUUACAAUGGGAAGACUGGUAUGGGGCAGAGCUUGUUUGGCAGUUAUUUCCCGCAUAACUUGAUUCCAAAUAUUUUUUUAUGGAAAAAAUACUCACAUGGUGACGAUAGUGUAAUGGAUUCAUCUUCCGAAACGACGACGUGCAAGCCAAAUACACCAAGCACUAUUACUACCACUUGUAAGCCAACCACACCAAGCACUAUUACUACCACUUGUGAGCCAACCACACCAAGCACUAUUACUACCACUUGUGAAACAACCACACCAAGCACUACUACUACCACUUCUGAGCCAACCACAACAAGCACUACUACUACCACAUGUGAGCCAACCACACCAAGCACUACUACUACCACAUGUGAGCCAACCACACCAAGCACUACUACUACCACUUCUGAGCCAACCACACCAAGCAGUACUACCACUUGUAAGCCAAGCACACCAAGCAGCACUACCACUACUACUCUACAAGUGACCACCUCCACUAAAGAUUCUAUCACUACUACUCCUGCUGAUGACUCUAUUACUGGCACAAGCCCUGCAAAUACUCUAACCUCUGCAGUAACUUUGUUGUCAUCAGAGUUUUAUACGAGCUCUUCCGACUGCUCUAUGCUCAAUGACGGCACUAUUCUAUUAGAUAUUAGACAUUGCCGUCGUUAUUAUGUGUGCCGAAGCGGACGUGCUAGACGUAUGAGAUGUCCGCUUGGACAAUGGUAUGAUAGUGAUGUACGUUCAUGUCAUGAUCGGCGCUUUGUGUCAAGUUGCGCUGUUAAUCGUAACUAAAUAAAACAAACACAG